CAUCCUCUGUACUUCCUGCUUUCGACUGCAGUAGUGACAGUCGGACCGAACAAAAAAUGAUAGUUUAACUUCACUGUUUAGCUGGGAUCAAAUGACAGCGUUAUUAACGCUUCCCGGCAUAUUUCACUGACCGCUUAAUUAAAUGUCAUUUCUGUUGACCUGAGCGGAAAAUCAAGUAUGCAGUUCUCUCCCAGUAAUGUAGAUUUCACGUUCGUCUCUUCGACAGAGGCUGAAGAACUCAGCGGCACCAUGAGUGCCCCAGACAUUAAACUAAACAUGGGCAGUGACAGCAGUAAAGACCUGUACGCCACCACCUUCCUGAGGCAACGAGGAUAUGAUUGGCUGCUGGAGGUGGAGGAGGAUGACAGUGAAGAGAGCAAACCUCUUCUGGAGGAGCUGGACAUUGACCUGAAGGACAUCUAUUACAAGAUUCGAUGUGUACUGAUGCCAAUGCCAUCACUGGGUUACAAUCGACAAGUGGUCAGAGACAACCCGGACUUCUGGGGCCCACUGGCUGUGGUGCUGCUCUUCUCAAUGAUCUCCAUCUAUGGACAGUUCAGAGUUGUGUCUUGGAUUAUCACCAUCUGGAUAUUUGGAUCACUAACGAUUUUCCUGCUGGCCCGUGUUCUUGGUGGUGAAGUUUCCUACGGCCAGGUUCUUGGAGUGAUUGGAUAUUCCCUUCUUCCUCUCAUCGUUAUAGCCCCUCUGCUUUUAGUGAUUGGGGGGUUCGAGGUGGUCUCUACACUAAUCAAACUGUUCGGUGUGUUCUGGGCUGCUUACAGUGCUGCUUCACUGCUUGUUGGAGAUGAAUUUAAAACGAAGAAGCCACUUCUCAUAUAUCCCAUUUUCCUUUUGUAUAUCUACUUCCUAUCACUAUAUACGGGUGUGUGACUAGAAGAGUUGACACUGUGGACCUUUUAAUGGACAGUGACCCUGGAGCAUGAGGAUGAAAAGUCAAACAACGGAACCAGGAUUUUUUUAAAAGGUGUUCAUUUGUUUUUGUUUUUUAACUCUGUUAAAUUCUAGAUGAUGGGGAUUCUGGGAAUAUAUAUCAAUGUAUAUAGUUUUGUCCCUUUUGUCUUUGGUCAAUAAAAUGCAUAUGCUCUCAUAGCUUAAACUUUGGUAUGCAGACUUUGCGUUCACCCUUGCCAUACAUUAACCAUUGUCCUGCAUUUAUAUGUAGUUCAUAAAGCUGGAAAUAAUCAUAGAGUUUAAUAUUAAUGUAAUUUACUUUUCUUUUUUUUU